AUGGGAUUGACAGCAUUACCCUUAUUUGACUGGCUCCAAGAGAAGGUAGCUGCUGCAAAGAAAGGGAGAGAGGAAGAGCAAGAAAAAGUACAAAAGCAGCAAGAAAGAUUGGAUAGUCUUGCAAGGGAAGAGCAAAAGAGGCAGGAAAAAGAACAAGAAAGACUAGGUAAACUUCCAAGGGAAAAACAAGAAAGGCAAGAUAAGAGGGAGGAACAAGACAAUUUACAAACGCAGCAAGAAAGACAGGAUAGAAUAGAACGGGAAGAAAAGCAAAAGGCCUAUGAACUCCAGUUCCCUCGAGUUGGUGCUGGCAGUCCCACUCAUGCCCACAGCAUGCCCACACUCGCCCAGGCUAAUACCUUUAUGCCCAAAUGA